AUGAUGAAUCAGAAAAUGAUGAUGAGACAUAAUACAAAUUCAUCAUAUGAAGCCGAUAAUCAUAAGCAUUAUAGAAUUACAAUUGGAGAAAUGAUAAAUGAUUAUAAGUUGAUUAAUAAAUGUCGUAUGGGAGUGUUUGCUAAUGUGUGCAAAGCAAUCAAAAUGGAUAGGAAUAUGCUAUCAAAUCUAUCAGAGCAGAAGAUCUCUACAUUAGAUCUGGAGAGAGAAAGAUAAAUUUUAAAGCAAUUGAACGUGGCUGAUCCAAAUAAUAUAAAGCAUAAUCUCAGAUUGAUUGAAAGUUUCGAACAUAGAAACAUCUACUUAAAUCUUAGAAAUGCCUUGAAGAAAUACACUAAGGGAUAAGGAAUUAACUUAUAGGCAAUUAGAUCCUAUGCUAUGUAGUUGUUAGUUGCCGAAUCCCAUCUGAGAAAACAAAAUAUCGUUUAUGCUGAUAUCUCGCCAGAUAAUAUAUUAUUAUCAGCUAAUACAAAUUGUUGA